AUGAUUACCAUCACCUCCAUCUUGAGCAUCCUUUUAUUUACACCUUUCUUUACCUCGACGCCGCCAAAAUGUCGAUGUCGACCGGGGGACACGUGCUGGCCAUCUCUGGAAACCUGGUCGCAAUUCAACGACUCCAUUUCCGGGCGUCUCGUGGCGACGAUCCCUCUCGGCGCUCCCUGUCACGGCUCCAACUUCGACGGCUCACAAUGUGCUCGACUUCGCGACGAAUGGACCAGUCCUAAAAUCCACUAUGAAUCCUCCUCGUCCGUCAUGGCGCCGUACUUCGCCAACGGCUCCUGCGACCCCUUCCACGCGCCUGGCACGCCCUGUACGCUGGACAACUACGUCGUCUACGCCGUUAACGUUAGCACCCCCGACCACGUCACCAAAACUCUGCAAUUUGUCGCCAAACAUAACAUCCGCCUCGUCGUCCGCAACACGGGACAUGAUUAUCUAGGCAAAUCCACGGGCGCAGGGGCCCUGGGGCUCUGGAUGCACCACCUCACCGACAUUCAGAUAAAAGACUAUCGAGACCCAUGGUACGCCGGGAAAGCCAUCACGGUCGGCGCCGGGGUCAUGGCCGUCGAGGCCUACUGGGCUGCAGACGCCCGGGGGCUGCAAGUCGUCGGCGGAGAGUGUCCGACCGUGGGAAUCGCGGGCGGCUAUACGCAGGGAGGGGGUCAUUCGGCGUUAUCAUCGCGCCACGGGCUUGCAGCGGACCAGGUCCUGAGCUGGGAGGUGGUGACGGCGGACGGCGAGCUGGUGACUGCGACGCGCGAGCACCAUUCCGAUUUAUACUGGGCGUUGAGUGGCGGUGGCGGAGGAACGUACGGCGUGGUCUGGUCGAUGACGGCGAAGGCGUACCCCGAUACGCCGGUGUCGGGGCUGAGUCUAACGUUCUCGCGGGAGGGCAUUGAUGCGGAUUUAUUCCAUUAUGCUGCGUCGCUGUUCUACGAGACUUUGCUGGACCUGGUCGACGCAGGCGCGAUGUGCACCUGGGGCGUUGCGAAUGAGUUGUUCAGGAUCGACCCGCUUACCGCACCUGAUAUCCCCGUCGAGGAGCUGCUGCAUCUCAUCGAACCAUUCACGGAUGACUUGGAAGAUCUGGGAAUUGCGUAUAACAUGUCAGCCCGCCAGUUCCCUGGGUUCCUCGCCCAGUACCAGAGCAUGAUGCCGGAGGUACCCGUGGGCACACAGCAGAUUGGCGGCUGGCUGGUGCCGCGCGACGUGGUCCAGGACAGCAGCGAGGAGUUCUCGGCCGCAUGGCGCCGAAUCGUCGAGGACGGAGCGUUUAUUAUCGGUGUCGGACUCAACGUGUCGAAGGCUGUCGUCGGGGACGUGGACAAUGCUGUCUUGCCUGCGUGGCGGGAUGCCUUGAUUCAUACUGCGAUCUUGACCACUUGGGAAAGGGACGACAAGGAGAAGAUGCGCGAACUGCAGAGGAAGAUGACGGACGAGUAUGUUCCAGAGUUGAGUCGAUUGGCGCCAGACUCGGGGGCCUACAUGAACGAGGCGGAUUUCCGGCAACCUGACUUUCAGAAAGCUUUCUACGGCGAGAACUAUAAUCGACUGCGAGAAAUCAAAAAGAAGUACGACCCGAAUGAUCUAUUCUUUGCGCCCACGGCCGUUGGUUCGGAUGAGUGGACGGUGUCGGACGAGGGUCGGCUGUGUCGGGUUUAA